AGCGUUCAUGUGGUUCGAGAUUUUUCUUUGUUCGAGAUUACCUCUCUAUAUAGACAGUUUCAAAUUUUUAUAAAUUUGACGAUAGCAAAAAUUCAAUAUGACUUGGGAAGAACUUAAGCCCAUGAUUUCUGUGCCAAUAUUUUGCGCCGUCACACUCUGUAUCUUUCUGGCAGAUAUACUAAUUGACGAGAAAAAAUAAAAAAAACCAGAAAAGUAACGGUAAGAUUCGUAGGUUAAAUCUCUGUCAAUGAUACAACUAUUUUAAUCCACAAAGUCAUAAUUUUUAAAGCUUUGAUUAACAGUGAUUAUUGCAAUAUCACAAGUCUGAAGUAUUUAAAAAAUUUCCUGAAAUAAUUUAAUUAUAUUAAUUGAUUCUUUUUUCCUCCUUAAACUAUCUAAAUUUUUAUUCAUUAAACUUUUGAAUUUUAUGUGGAAUGGCCUAUCAUUAUGUGUGACUGCUAUAAUAAUAGCACAAUCCGACAAAAUGAUAAAUGAACUGGGAGUAUCUCAAGACAUACAAGCAUUUCAAAUAGACAUCGCGCUCGAUAAAUUAUCGUCUAUAACAGCUCAAGAAGCUCGUAGAAAUGUAAUCAUCCUCAACGAUGCGUCAACGGAUGGACAUGCCGUUGAAAAAACAUUGAAACAGACAUCCAAUACGUUCAUGCAAAAUUUGAAUAAAAUCUCUAAAAACAUUAAAAACGAGAAACCGUUACAUCUGAUUGAAUCAUCUGUAAUCACACCUUCGAAUUCUGUGGAGUUGCUCGUAAAUAUACUGCCGAAAUUAAAAACUUCAGAGAAUAUCGGGGUGCAAAAUAUGCAGAUGGAAGUUCCAUCGAUCGACUCGUUCACUCCGUUGGAAGCGGCCGCUAUAUCGUGUGUUCUCAAGGAAUGUUUAGAUCAGCUCGCCAUAAUAGGAUUCAUGCUACCGGCCAAGGUUGACUCACGCUGGGACGACACGUUUAAGACGAUCGAUGAGACGUACGGAGUACCUGAUGAGCCUACAAUGAUCUUUAGAGAAGAGAUGGGUCUCUUACCAAUUAUACCUACAGAAGCUGAAAAAAUACAGAGAGAUAGGAAUUAUGCAUAUCAAGUCCUUGAGAGAGUUCUCCAUGACAUAAAAAACAAUGGCAGAUUCGAUAGUCUACAAAAAGAAAUUGAUAAUAUCACAAAGAAACAGGAAGAUGAUCGUAAUCUCGAAGCAACUGCCCAAAUCUGGCUCAGUCAAGCUGAGGAACUCCAAGAGCUGCUGGAAUCUGAAAAAAAAGCGAAUGAAGAGAAUCGAAAAAAAACGAUAAAACUCGCGCAGGAGAGCGAUGCGCAAAUUGAUCACGCGAUAUUUUUAAAUAGCGGAAAAUUAGGCUAUGCGCAAAAAUGGGAGAAGGCCAGAUUGGAACAACAGGAACUCAAAUUGCAGCUGCAAAGAAAAGAUAUGCUAAACAAAUUGAGCGACUAUUUAAAGGAAUAUAACGCAGAGCAAAUUAUAUCAGCAGAAUUGACCGCUCACUUAGAGGAAGACAUCAAAGAAAAAGAAGAGCAGAUAGUUAAGUGGACGAAGAAAUAUAACGUAGAACUUGUGGAACGACAGCAGGAAAUCGAUGAAUUAAAGCAUCUUAUAGAAGAACAAAAAUUAGAAAUAGAAGAAAUGCGUGAUUUGAUAGACAAGCAACAAAAACUUAUCGACGAAAGCAUCGUCGAACAGAAAAGAUUGCAGGAAGAAGCAAAGCUAAAUAAAGCUGCAACUAUUAUCCAAUCGAUAUGGAAAGGUUACAUGGUGAGGCACGAAUUAGGAAAGUACAAAAACCUGCUAAAACGAUUGAGGAAACGGAAGAAAUUAGGAAAGAAAAAAAAUAAAUUGAAAAAAAAAAGAAAAUAAGUAAUCAAAAGCUCAUAAAAAG